AUGCCGCCGCGAGCUCGCUUGCCGUCGCCGCCACCGUCGCAGCUGCUGUUGCUACUGCUACUAUCAAUGGCGUUCGCAGCGCAGGCCGGCCAGCCGGCGGAGGGACACGACUACAGCGACGCGCUGCGGAAGAGCAUCCUGUUCUUCGAGGGGCAGCGCUCCGGGAAGCUUCCCCCCGACCAGCGGCUGAGGUGGCGUGGAGACUCUGCUCUCCGUGACGGCGCCGCGGAAGGGGUGAGUAAGGGUGCUGCUACUGUCCCUCCCACACGCGCGGCGGCUCUGGCCAGAAGGAGGACGCACAUUCCUGCGGCCGACACUCCCCCCUCUGCUAUUCUUGCCGAAUUUUCUUCCUGUUUCUGCGUCUUCAUGCCUUUUCACCUCUGAUGAGCAUGUCUGAGUCCUCUGCCUAACAAUUACAUCCAGAAAUGGUAAUGGCAGAAUCUCUCUCUGAGUAGCUAGUUCUUUGGCCUUAAUCCCCAACUGCGUCGUUCUCGAAGAGACUGAUGAACUUGCUCCUUCUGUCUGUCAGCAGCGGUGAGUCUGAUGCUAUCACCUUGCCGCGCAGGUGGACCUGACCGGCGGCUACUACGACGCCGGCGACAACAUAAAGUUCGGCUUCCCGAUGGCCUUCACGGCGACACUGCUGUCAUGGAGCGUGAUCGACUUCGGUCGAAACAUGGGGGACCAGCUCGGGGAGGCCCUCCGCGCCGUCCGGUGGGCGACAGAUUACAUCCUCAAGGCCACGGCCGUGCCGGAGACUGUGUAUGUUCAGGUAGGGGACGCCUUCCGGGACCACGGCUGCUGGGAGAGGCCGGAGGACAUGGACACUCCCCGGACAGUCUACAAGGUCAACCGUGCGCAUCCGGGAUCUGACGUCGCUGGCGAGUCCGCUGCCGCCCUCGCCGCAGCCUCCAUCGUCUUCCGCUUCCGCGACCCCGCUUACUCCCGCCGCCUCCUCGACCGCGCCGUGGAGGUAGGAGCCAUCAUCUGUCCGUUCUCGGGUUACGAGGUGCCGGAAGAAGAGUGUUCAAUGCGGCCAUGUGUUCCCCCCUGACAGGUAUUCGAGUUCGCUGACAAGUAUCGGGGCGCCUACAGCAGCAGCCUCCGCCCCGCUGUGUGUCCUUUCUACUGCGACUUUGACGGAUACCAGGUGAGCAAGCGGGAGAGCAGCCCCCCCGGCGCUCUUCAUCAUCCGCAGUUUUUUUGGAGAAGAGAAGAAGGUUUGCAGGUGAGUGAGCGUUGUCUGAGUGAUUGCUCCUCCUUCCUCAUCCCCACUCAGGACGAGCUGCUGUGGGGGGCAGCCUGGCUGCACAAGGCUAGCCGGCGGCGAGAGUACCGUGAGUACAUCCUGCGGAACGAGCAGAUAUUGGGGGCCGGCGACACGAUCAACGAGUUCGGAUGGGACAACAAGCACGCCGGCAUCAACGUCCUCAUCUCCAAGGCAACGGCCGCCACCCUCCAACCGCAUACCCUUGUCCUCAGUUCUUGUUUUCCUUUUCCUGAGGAGUAGUGUUGACCGGGGGGAAUUGUUGGCAGGAGGUGCUCAUGGGGAAGGCCGCCUACCUGGAGUCGUUCAAGAACAACGCCGACAGCUUCAUCUGCUCGCUGCUGCCGGGGAUGUCCACCUUGCAGGUCCAGUACUCCCCCGGCGGGCUCCUGUACAAGACCGGCGGCAGCAACAUGCAGCACGUGACCUCCCUCUCCUUCCUCCUCUUGGCCUACUCCAACUACCUCAGCCACUCCGGCACGGCGGUGCAGUGCGGCGGCUCCGCCGCCAGCCCGGCGGAGCUGCGGCGGCUGGCGAAGCGCCAGGUUGACUACAUCCUGGGGGACAACCCCCUGGGAAUGUCUUACAUGGUGGGCUACGGGGCCAAGUUCCCGCGGCGGAUUCACCACCGCGGCAGCUCGCUGCCGUCGGUGAGGACCCACCCUGCUCGCAUCGGCUGCAAGGCCGGCUCCAAGUACUACCUCAGCCCGGCUCCUAACCCUAACCUGCUCGUCGGCGCCGUCGUCGGCGGGCCCAAUACGACGGAUGCUUUCCCGGACUCGAGGCCCUACUUCCAGCAGUCGGAGCCCACCACCUACAUCAACGCCCCCUUCGUCGGCCUCCUCGCCUAUUUCUCUGCCCACUCCCAUCCAUAG